GCGGGGGUGGAUUUUUCAAUCAGAGGCUAUUUAACAGAUGCUGAGUCAGGAUCAUCUCACUUCAGUCAGUCAUGGGUUGUCCUGGGACUCAGAUGUGGACAUGGACACUCUGUGUCUUCUUGAGCUGGAUGAGUGCGGGUCAAGCAGCUGCAGGACCGAAGUACAUGGUAGCCAUUCCUGCCGUUCUUGAAGCCGGAGCUGAGACCAAAUUCUGUGCGAGUCUCCUGCAGCCCAACGAGACUCUGGUCAUGACCGUCACUCUGAAGUCCGAGGAGGCGAACACAACCCUUCUCAAGCAGACGUCGGCUCAAGACUUUCAUACCUGCACUGAAUUUACGGUUCCUGUAGUGGAGAAUGAAGUGGUGAAAAAUUUCGAGGUGGAGGUACGAGGCGACACGUUUUACUCCAAAGAAGUCAGGAAAGUCCAGAUUAAAGUCUACAAUCCAAUGACAUUCGUCCAAACAGAUAAACCAAUCUACCUUCCUGGACAAACAGUGCAUUUUAGAGUCAUCACACUGGACACCAAGUUGAGACCUGCCAAUCAGCUGUAUAAUAUCAUCGAACUUGAGGAUUCUAACAGCAACAGGAUUGGACAGUGGCUGAAUGAAACAGCCGACAGUAAGAUAUUGCAGCUUUCUUACGCUUUGAACUCUGAGGCCCGUGAAGGAACCUACCAAGUUAUUGUGUCGAUUGGGGAAAAUAAAAAUCAUCAUACCUUCAAGGUAGAGAAAUAUGUUUUGCCUAAAUUUGAUGUAAAAUUAAAUGCACCUGCUGAAGUUAGUAUUGAUCAGAAGGAAAUAAAAGCUGAAGUAUGUGCAAAGUAUACAUACGGACAGCCUGUGCCAGCCAAUGUUCAACUUAAGAUGUGCCGACCUCUUAAUCGCUACGUCUCUAUAAACUAUCUGACCACCCCUGAACAUCCAGAGGGACUCCCUGAUAUAAUUGCACCAUGCUACAAUGAGACAAAGCAGACGGACAUAAAAGGCUGUGCCACUUUCACCUUCCCAAUGUCAGCCUUUAUAAAAGGUUCGGAAAAGGUGCUGCAAGACUCACUUCAAAUCAGAGUCAAAGUAGAAGAAGAGGGCACAGGUGUUUCUCGCCCGCAGGAGCAGCAAGUUGCCAUUUCAUAUGUUAUUGGAAAGCUGUCCUUCGUUGACAUGCCCAAGAUCUAUGAAGAAGGAUCAAAUGUGCAGGGGAAGGUUAAAGCCGUUUAUUACAAUGAUACACCCAUUGCCGACAUGCCAGUGUACCUGUUUGAAGGGGAAAGGUGGUCAGCACGUCGCUUAGAGAAUCUCACCACUGACAGCAAUGGCAUCGCAACUUUCUCAUUUAACACGGAUAACAAUAAAAGGGAACUCACCUUCCACGUGAGCAGCAAACCGACACUGGUCUACGCUGGUUACAGAGUAGCGUACUAUGAUUCUGCACAUCACACAGUGUCGUUGGCCCAAAGUUCAUCUCAUGAUACAAAAACAGUCAGCACCCUGGAGGUGAAGAAGAAAGAUGGACCACUUCCCUGUGACAAAGAAGAAGACAUCUCCAUCAAAUACACAGCAGUGAGGGAGGCCCAGGGCUCUGUGGAUGUCAUGUAUCUGGUUUUAUCAAGAGGAGCCAUUGUCAUGCAAGGACUGAAACAGUUUGAAGUGAAAGAUCAAUCAGUGACUGAGGGUGAGGUGUCCUUCAAGCUGACAGUGUCUCCAGACAUGGCACCACUUGUCCAGGUUGUGGCUUACGCCAUCCUCCCCAGUGAGACUGUGAUCGCCCACAACGCUGAGUUCUCCACUGAGAAAUGCUUCAGUAAUAAGGCGUCGCUGGAGUUUUCUCCAUCCUCAGCCGUCCCAGGAGAGGAGACCAUCCUGCAGGUGACGGCUCAGCCACACUCUCUGUGUGGUGUGAGCGCUGUGGACCAGAGUGUCCUCAUCAAGGAGCCGGGGAAGACUCUGACUGCAGACAAGAUAUUUAACUUGUUGCCAGUCCAAAAAACAACGUAUAUUCCAUAUCAAGUUCGGGAUCCUGUAGAAUGCCUGCACGUGAGACCGAGAAGAUACGUUAUGCCAUACCCUGAUGAUAACGACAAAGAGGAUGCUCAUACAGUUUUCCAGAAUGUGGGAAUGAAGAUGGCAACAAACAUGGUUAUCAGAGUGCCUACAUGCCUCAAGUACAGAGGAAGACAAUACCACCAGGGCCGUGGUAUUGGUAUUGCUUUAAGAUAUGAAGAUCGAUCUUAUAUGGCAGCGCCAGGCCCUGUUAACAGGAUUGUAGCUCUAGAAGAUUCACCAAUAGAGACAGUCCGCACUUUCUUCCCUGAAACCUGGAUAUGGGACCUGGUGGAAAUUGGAGGGACCGGACAGAGGGAUGUGCCCCUCACUGUCCCAGACACCAUCACCACCUGGGAGACGGAGGCUUUCUGUCUGUCCCCUCAGGGUUUCGGCUUGGCUCCUCGGAAAGAGAUUACCGUCUUCCAGCCCUUCUUCCUCGAGCUCAGCCUGCCCUACUCCAUCAUCCGAGGGGAGCACUUUGAACUGAAGGCAACCGUCUUUAACUACCUGACCACCUGCAUCAUGGUCAGUGUGACUCCAGCCGCCUCCUUGGAUUACACCCUCACCCCUCUCUCUGGGGACAAGUACACUUCCUGUCUCUGUGGCAGUGAGCGCAAGACCCUCAGCUGGACCAUGGCCCCCUCAGCCUUAGGGGUUGUGAAUGUGACGGUGGCGGCUGAGGCGGUGGCGUCCCACGCUUCAUGUGACAAUGAGAUUGUGAGCGUGCCAGACAGAGGUCGCAUUGACGUGGUCACAAAAUCUCUCAUAGUGAAGGCUGAAGGAACUGAGAUGACAAAGGCCCACAACUGGCUGCUCUGCCCUAAAGGGAAGGCUUUGACAGAGGAAGUAGAAAUACAACUCCCCAAGAAUGUGAUUGAUGGAUCUGCCCGCGCUUCACUUUCAGUCCUGGGUGACAUUCUGGGCCGAGCGCUGAAGAACCUGGACGGGCUGCUGCAGAUGCCGUAUGGAUGCGGUGAGCAGAACAUGGCGCUCUUGGCUCCCAACAUUUACAUCCUCCAGUACCUGAAAAACACAGAGCAGCUGACCCCGGCCAUCAAGGAGAAGGCAGCCAACUUCCUGACCAGCGGCUACCAGAGACAGCUGAACUACAAACACCACGACGGUGCUUACAGCACAUUUGGAACAGGAACAGGAAACACUUGGCUGACUGCGUUUGUGAUGAGAGCGUUUGCUAAAGCCCAGUCUUUCGUCUACAUCGACCCAACAAAGAUCGAAGAGUCUAUGGAUUGGCUGAAAAAGAAACAACGAGAAAAUGGCUGUUUUGAGCGGUCAGGAAAGCUCUUUAACAACAGAAUGAAGGGCGGUGUGUCUGAUGAAGUGACUCUCAGUGCUUACAUCACUGCUGCCUUCCUGGAGAUGAAUUCAUCUGUAGAUAACCCUGUGGUGAAGGAGAGCCUGUCCUGCCUGAAGGAGUCCACCAGCGACCUCAGCAACACCUACACUACAGCUCUGCUGGCAUACGUCUUCACUCUGGCAGGAGACAUGGAGACCCGUGCUGAGCUGCUGAAGCACCUCGACACUGUUGCAAUACAGGAAGGAGGCUUCCUCCACUGGUCUCAGACAGCAGCAGACACUUCAGCCUCUCUGUCUGUGGAGAUCAGCUCCUACGUGCUGUUGGCUAAACUCAGUGCCUCUCCUGCUGCUGAAGACCUGGGCUACGCCUCUCGCAUCGUCAGAUGGCUGACGGGGAAGCAGAACUAUUAUGGAGGCUUCUCCUCCACACAGGACACAGUGACAGCUCUGCAGGCUCUGGCUCUCUACUCCACUCUGGUGUUCAGUCCGGAGGGUUCCAGUACAGUGACGGUCCAAUCUCCCAGUGGCAAGAUGACGUUUGAUGUGAACCAGGACAACAAACUGCUCUACCAGGAGAAUCUGCUGCAGGACACGACAGGAAAGUUCAGCCUGGAGGUUAAGGGCACUACAUGUGCUGCAGUGCAGAUUUCUCUUCGUUAUAACAUCCCAACUCCCAAGGAUGUCACAACCUUCAGCGUUAUGGUCAGACCAGAGGCCGACUGCUCCAGCAAGAAACCCAAACUCACCCUAAAGCUAAAGUCCCUAUAUAGUGGAAAGGAGACCGGUACAAACAUGGUGAUCCUGGACAUCAAAUUGCUCUCUGGAUUUGUCCUGUACCCAGAGUCUUUGAAGAGGCUCAAAGGAGCCCUGCUGGUGGAUCGCGUUGAACUGAAAGACGAUCAUGUUCUGGUGUACAUACAGGAGUUACCAAAGGGAAUACCCAUCAACCACAGCUUAGAGCUCAUACAGGAGGUCCCAGUGCAGAACCUGAAGCCAGCCGUGGUCAAGAUCUACGACUACUACCAGCCAAGUGAUCAGGCUGAGACAGAAUACAUUUACCCUUGUGUUGCAGGUUGAAGAUUGAAGUGUGAUUAGUUCUCAGGCCAUCACAGAUUCCACUAUAAUUUAAAUAGAUUUGCACCAUGUCUGUUUGUGUAAACAUACAAAAAACGUUUCCACAUAUUUGACUCUGUGCUCUGAGUUGUGUAGCUACUGUAUGGGUCUGAAUUAAAAUGCAAGCUUUUUGUACAAUAAAAUAAUGUGAUGGGGAUGUA